AUGAAGCCCAUCCUCGUCGCCUCACUCGUAGCCUCCCUCGCCGCGGGACUCUCUGUCCAGAAGCGAGGCGCCAUCUCGUAUGAAGGUUACCAAGUUCUCCGCGUCAAGACUCUUAGCAAACUGGCCUCCGUCCAACAAAAGCUCUCGACAAUCCCCCACGAGCAAUGGAACCACGACAUCGACACUCACAUCGACAUUGUGGUCUCUCCUGACCAGGUCGCCAACGUUGAGGCCCAGGGUCUAGAUUACCGCGUGCUUCACAAAGAUCUCGGCGAGUCUAUCACAGCAGAGUCUCAGCUCAGGGGUACAUACAAGCGUGAUGUCGACGAUUUGUCAUGGUAUGACUCCUACCAUCCGUAUGCGGACCAUAUUCAGUACAUCAAGAACCUCCACGAGUCUUUUCCCGACAACUCCGAAUUGAUUACCGCCGGUCACUCUUAUGAGAAUCGGACCAUCCAGGGUAUUCACCUUUGGGGAGACGGCGGCCCAGGAAAGCCAGCUGUUCUUUACCACGGCAACGUGCAUGCCCGAGAAUGGAUUACGUCCAAGGUGGUUGAGUACCUAACUCUCCAACUCAUCAACACCCACAAGAACGCCACCAAUGCCACGGACUCCUGGUUGAACACUUAUGACUUCCACAUCUUCCCCAUCGUCAACCCCGACGGCUUUGCGUACUCCCAGGAAGUUGAUCGUCUCUGGAGAAAGACCCGCACCCCGCCUCCCCCGCCGCCGCAGAACCAGUCCUGCUAUGGUACAGACAUCAACAGAAACUGGGAGUACGGAUGGGACGUAAACUCACUCGGUGCCUCGACAAACGCCUGCGCCCAAGCCUAUCGUGGUCAGAGACAUUCCGACACUAUUGAGAACCAAGGUCUCGAUGCCUACGUCCGCAAGGUCCGUGACGCGGCUGGAAUCAAGCUGUUUAUCGACUGGCACAGCUACGGCCAGUACAUCCUUUCACCAUUCGGAUCGAAGGAGGAGUGGUAUGCACCCGAGCUUGGAAAGUGGACCAAGGCCGCAUCAAUCCUGAGCGAGGUCAUCCGGGACAGCUCCGAGCGGCGCACGACGUUCACCUUUGGACCGAGUGGUGCUACGCUGUACACAACGACCGGAGCUGCUCCGGACCACGUCUACGCUAUCGGUGGUGCUGACUUCUCGUACACCAUUGAGCUUCCUGAUACGGGGGACUAUGGCUUUAUUCUGCCACCUGAGCGUAUCAGAGGCGCUGCUGAGGAGCAGUGGGUCGGUCAGAGCGCCUUGUUUCCGCUGUUAGACGAGGUCUUCUUUGACGGUAUCGGCCCUGCGUGA